CAGAAGUCGUAAGCGUAAAGGAUUGAAAGACAUAUACAGUGGAGCUAAGACAGAAUGUCUUUGCGGAUGACUGCACUUCUAUUGGCUUCAGUCCUAUGGUACCUCGCUGCAGCAAACACACAUGAGACUGCUGACUGUUGCUUGACAACGAGCACGAAGAAGGUUCCCCACAGAGUGGUGAGAACCUACAUCAUCCAGACAUCAGAUGGAGGCUGCAGGAUACCUGCCACUGUGCUGAUCACAUGGAGGAGGAUCAGACUGUGUGUUCCACCUGCCGCUGGAAACAACUGGGUGGCCAAACUCCUCAGGAAAGUGGCAAGAAGGAGACCAAGAAAAGGAAAAAGCAGACCCUCAAAGAAACGUGCCUGAGAUACAUCUGAAGUCAACAUGACCAGGCAAUUCCUUGCGGCUCCCAAAAGCAAAUCCCACCUGUCUUCCUGAGCCGUCUUCUGAUUUGACUGUUGUGUCG